GCGCGUUCCCACAGCAACCACAAACUCGGAGACGCUCGCGGCGGAUUGUGUGUGUGUGUGUGUGUGCGUUCGUGUGUGCGCACGCGUGUGUGUGUGUGUAUGUGUUUGCGUGGAGGUUUUUUCGGACUCCUACUUCUACUUCUUCCGUGACUUUUCCUCCGGGAACCGGACAUGUCUUUCCCUCAGCUGGGCUUCCCGCAGGUGUAUGGAGUGGAGAGAGCUUCUCCGCCGCGGGAUGGCGGCUCGGAGAGCGGCGGCGGAGUAACGGGGAGUCCCGCGAGCUCUGCGGCUGCGCUCGCGCCUCUGCUCGGCAUGUACGCGCAUCCGUGGAGUGCGCACCGGUACGGAGCCUUCAUGCCGUACAGCAGUGCCGAAGCGGCGCUCCUCAACCACAUGGGCUCCCAGUACGAGUUGAAGGAGAACCCCGGUGCUCACCCAGCUGGAUUUGCAGUGCACACCGCCCCUGGUUUCUACCCGUACGGCCAGUACCAGUAUGGAGACCCCUCGCGCGCCAAAAGCGCCACACGCGAGACCACGAGCACGCUGAAAGCCUGGCUUCAGGAGCACAAGAAAAACCCUUAUCCCACUAAAGGCGAAAAGAUCAUGCUGGCCAUCGUGACCAAAAUGACCCUGACGCAAGUGAGCACAUGGUUUGCCAACGCGCGCCGCCGUCUCAAGAAGGAGAACAAGGUGACGUGGGGACGCAGCGCCGAGGACGUAGACGGCUGCGGCUACGACAGCGACCGCGACGACGACGACGAGAGCGCGCACAAGCACGAGCGCGAGGAGGAGAUCGACCUCGAGACCGUGGACACCGACGAGGCCGAAGAGGACCGCGUAGACGUCAGCCAAGAGCCGAGUGAGGCCAAAGCACGCGAGGGUCAUCAAAGUGACACGGAGAGCGGAAGCACAGAAGCGCGCGCGCUAAACAGCCCCACCGGUUCUGUACCCAGUAGUAAAGACGCGAGCGGGGGCUCAGCGGAUGUUUCUCCGGGAUGCCAGAGGCCUGUGAACUCCAAACCCAAAAUCUGGUCGCUUGCGGAAACAGCGACGAGUCCCGAUAACUGUCAGAAAGCGAGCGGUGUGGCGACGGCAGUCACCGCUCACCCGGCUUUUUUAUCCACUAACGGGAUUUACACAUGUCAGAUCGGGAAGCUGAACAGCUGGACUGGAGGCGCUUUUCUCGGGGCAGGACCUCUAAUCGGUGUGCGCUCUUUAAUGGGAGUGAGUCCGAGCAGCCAUUACAUAACCUCAAGCGCUCACAGUGAGAGUCCUACACACAGCCUCAGCCUCAGUCCACAACACAACGCCGAUCAAGAACAUGUUCAGAGAACUGAAUCUCCAGCACUUCCUCUGAGGCCAUCAUUUCCGGUCAUCCACGACAGGUCUCACCAUGAAACAUCACAGCGAGCCCUGAAGACCGUUUCCUGAAGAUGGACCUAAAGAAUUUACUUAAAUUAUUCCACGAAAGCAAGCUGUAUCAGAGAAAGAAAGUAUCCUACGUCAUCAAAUACACCAAAAAAGUAUUUUAUAGCCUUGUUUUAAUACGCUGUAUAACUUUGUAUUUGUUUUUAUUUUACAUUGAGCCUAAAUGCAGCAUGUAUGUGUUUACCAUGUAGCUCAU